GGAGGUGUAAAUACCACUGAUUACCGGGUCCGCCCGCAUCCUAGAGAGGUCCCGGAAGUGCCUGGUCAGGUGGUGCUCCGUGGAGAGGACUGUUUCCGGGUUCUACGAGUAUCUGCGUCCCAUUCUUCCGGCGCUCUGCAGUCGGCUUUCUGGGUUCCUCUGAUCGGGGAAGGACGUUGGAGGGGCCCGGAAGCCGAUCGGAAGGAUUUCUGCGGUGGCCGCGGAGCCUCUCCUGGGUGCCAUGCGGCGAAAAGCUGCCCGAUCUCCACGUAAAGUCCCUGACACGGGUGGUGCACAGAGUGUUUCUCUUACGGAGGAGAACGCGGGUCCGGGGAGGUUAAGGAGCGUUUAAAAGCACAGAGCGAGUGAAAGGUAGAGCCUGGAGUCCCGCGCACCCCCACCCGCACCGCUCGGCAGGCCCCUGUUUGGGAAAUGCAAUUGACUAUUUGGAAAGGAAGACAGCUAAAAUUCCUGUACCCUCUUAUGUAUUUGUGGAUCAGGAGUGAGAACAAGCAGCAGAAGAUUUCUCAGAAACUGAAGUCACAGAGAGUGUUACCCAAAAGACCUCAAGAGAUUGUGCUAAAAUGGAGGAAAGAUGGUGAGAAUAAAAGAGUUGUGGAAAAAUCCCCUCGUUAAGAGAUUUCCCAACAGAAGAAUUUGCAGAAAAGAAUAAACCAAAAAUUCCAAGUUCCGCCCUUAAACGUGCCUUCUGUCUGCUAAAACACUUCAUGAUCUUGACUCUAACUCACCAGAGUCUACACUGAAGAGAAAUUAAAAGUAUCCCAAAUAGAAGAAUUUUUCUCAGAAUUCUGCAUUGAUUCAACUCAAGGAGAUCAAGGUAGAGAAGAAAUCUUUUAAAUGUUCUAAAUUUGGAAAACCCUUUUGUAAAGCCUUCACACUUGGGCACCCUAUUACUACCAUACUUCUGAAGCAUUAUAAGCAUCCCAAGGGCGGGGAAGAUCCUCACUGAAAGGUAUUCUUAAGAGUGAUUCAUUAGAGACCCCACCCCAAGAUAAGAGAAAAGAACCAAAGUAUAAUGGAAAUAUGGUAAAUAUAAUGGUAUAAUGGAAAGAUCACUGUGUGGUCAGGUCGUUCUGACCAUUACUAAUUAUGUGACAUUAGGCAGUAAGUAUCUCUGGGACUCAUUGUCCUCAUCUGUAAAAUGGGAGGUUGGACUAGGCGAUCUCAAAAAUCUUUUCAACCUCUAAAUCCUAUGAUGUGAGUGUGGGAAAAGCUUCACUUAGAGCAGAAAUGUCCCUACCAAACGUGAAAUUAAUAAUCAACGAACAUAAUAAGAGAUUUGUCAAGACAUGUUAUUAAAUAUGGUAAAAUUGUAUUUAUUUUGAUAACAGGCUGCUUUAUUGACCUCCCUAUUUAGCAAAAUGUCCUCUGUCUCCAGUUCUCAGAACAUCAAAAUAGCACGUAUGGCAGGUCCUGGAAGACUAAAGACCUGUCUCUGCUUCCUGAACUGUUGCCUCACUACCUGUAUUCACUGAAUUGUACUAAAUUUUUUUUUCUCAGCAGCGAGGUGAAGCCGUAGCAUUGGGAAAGAAAGAAAUGUGUGAUCUCAUUCUACCAACUGGUUCCCCCUCUUACCCUCCUUUCAGCUCCCUGUUAGAGCUUCUGGGCAUCUUUUGAUUUUUCUUUGCUUCUACCUCCUUUUUCUUCUAUGGUCUCUGUUGUCCUGUACAACUUCUUUCAUGUGGGGUUAGAGGGAGGGUUCCAGGAUGCAUUGUGGACUUCUUUCCUUCCUGAUUGUCUGUACUUGAGAUGGACAAGAAGUGAGAAGGUAUUGAAACUUUCCUCAAAGUUUACUAAUAUGGUGCUAUAAUAAAAGUAGGGAGGAACAGGAAGAGGAUCCCCAGUAGUGGCAGUCUUUAAAAGUCAUGACGGGGGAACCUCUGAUGUUGAUUGUUAGGUGAUUACCUUCUCACUAAUCUACACUACCUACAGUUGCCGUUUUAUCAGUAUUUUUGUACUGAUUAUCUGUGCCCUCUUUUUUCACCUUUUUACUUUUUGUCAUCCGAUUUUGCUGUUUCUCUCCCAGCUUCUCUUGUUUCUGUAUAUUGAAAUAACAUUCAAUAUGAAUAAGAGAGGAAAAUACACCACAUUGAAUUUAGAGGAAAAAAUGAAGGUCUUGAGUAGAAUUGAAUCUGGGCACUCUCUUAAAAGUGUAAUGGAUGAAUUUGGAAUUAGUAAAUCAACAUUUUAUGACAUUAAAAAAAAUAAGAAAUUGAUUUUGGACUUUGUGUUAAAGCAAGAUAUGCCAUUAGUUGGAGCAGAGAAAAGAAAAAGAACGACUGGUGCCAAAUACGGUGAUGUUGAUGACGCAGUGUACAUGUGGUACCAACAAAAGCAUUCAGCUGGUGUUCCUGUUAGAGGUGUGGAACUUCAGGCUGCUGCUGAGAGAUUUGCACAGUGUUUUGGUCGAACAGACUUCAAAGCCAGUACUGGUUGGCUUUUCAGAUUUCGAAAUAGGCAUGCAAUAGGGAACCGAAAAGUGUGUGGGAAACAAAUUCUGAGUUCAGUUUCAGAAAAUGUUGAACCAUUUAGACAAAAGAUAUCCACGUUCAUCAAAGAGGAGAGACUAUGUCUGGCUCAGGUGUACAAUGGGGAUGAGACAGAUCUCUUUUGGAAAUCCAUGCCAGAAAACAUUCAGGCAAACAAAAAAGAUAUAUGUAUGCCAGGGCGGAAAAUAAACAAAGAACAAUUGUCAGCUCUUUUGUGUGCAAAUGCAGAUGGGACCCACAAGUUGAAGUCAGUUAUUAUUGGAAAAUCAAAGCAGCCUGGGUCUAUUAAGGAUGAUGUAAAUGCUUUAUCAGUAAUAUACAAAUCCAGUAAAGAUGUCUGGUUCACCAGAGAAGCAUUUUCAGAAUGGUUCUUUCAAAACUUCAUUCCCGAGGUUAGAGAUUUUCAGCUUAAUGUCUUGAGGUUGGAUGAAAAGGAUGUAAAAGCAGUGUUACUCCUAGACAGUUCUCCAGCCCAUCCUUCAGCUGAGUCUCUAAUUAGUAAUGAUGGGAAAAUCAAAUGUAUCUUCUUCCCCCCAAAUACUACAUCAUUGAUUCAGCCAAUGAAUCAGGGUGUGAUCUUGAGCUGCAAACGACUUUAUAGGUGGAAGCAGCUUGAAGAGAGUCUGGUAAUCUUUCAAGAGAGUGAUGAAGAACAGGAAGUAAGAGGAGAAAAAACAGUUGCAAAAAUCCAAGCUUAUAACAUAAAAAGUGCAAUUUCUAACUGGGCAAAGAGUUGGGAUGAAGUAAAGCAGAUAACAAUAGCAAAUGCAUGGGAAAAUCUGCUGUGCAAAAAAGAACCAGAAUAUAAUAUUCAAGGCUUAGAAGAUGGUGAUUAUAGAGAAAUUUUUGGACAAUGUGGUGAUGUAGAGAGCAAUUUAGAUGAUGUCAGGGUGUGGUUAACUGGAGGUAAUGAAGCACAUUGCCGCCCCAAAAUGGAAGCUGUUCCUAGGAAAGUUACCGAGGAAGAAGAGGUUGUUGAAGAGGAGGUAGAACAACAUUCAGCAAAGUUUAAAUUAUCCAGUGUUCGAGAGAAUUUGGACUGUCUUCUUGACUUUGUUGAUGCUACUCCAGAGUUUCAAAGAUUCUAUUUCACACUGAAAGAGAUGCAACAAGAACUAAUCAAAAAACAAUGCCAGAGAAGAGCCUCCUCUAAAAUGGGUAACUUUUUAAAACCAAGAGUUUGUAAUAUUAAAGAUUCCUUUCAUUUGCCUUCAACUUCUGGGUCCAGUAACUGAGUCUUCUAUGUCAAAAGACUUGUGUUUGAUAUCUGUUUGAUAUGACAGGCUUGGUGUGAAUUGUAAUUUUUUUCAUUAACUUACCUCACAUAUGAGUGCCCAUUUAUAUCUUUAGCUUAUAUUGUGUAUGGUACUUGAAAGUAAUAAAUUUGCAUUUCUUUAAAAACAUUCA